GGCUGUGGCAGUGGCAGUGGCCGGGACUGGGCGAGUUGGAGCGAGAGGCGGCGGUGGCACAGCUGCGGCGGCAGCAUGGCUUCGUCGCAGGGGAAGAACGAGCUGCUCUUCGCCGACUGGAUGGCAGCGCUUCCCGGCAGCCUGCACAGCACCCCGCUCACCAACCUGGCCAUCCCCGGGUCUCAUGACUCUUUUAGCUUCUACAUCGAUGAAGCUUCUCCAGUUGGGCCUGAACAGCCAGAGACAGUCCAGAAUUUUGUGUCAGUUUUUGGGACUGUGGCUAAAAAGCUGAUGAGGAAGUGGUUGGCUACACAGACCAUGAACUUCACCAGCCAGCUAGGGGCAGGUAUACGGUAUUUCGAUCUCAGAAUUUCCACCAAGCCCAGAGACCCAGACAAUGAACUCUACUUUGCUCAUGGUUUAUUCAGUGCCAAAGUCAAGGAAGGUCUGGAGGAGAUCAAUGCAUUUCUCACUGAUCAUCCAAAAGAAGUGGUCUUCUUGGACUUCAAUCAUUUCUAUGGGAUGCAGAAAUGUCAUCAUGAAAAGCUUGUCCAGAUGCUCAAAGACACAUACGGAAACAAAAUGUGUCCUGCUAUAUUUGCCCAUGAAGUCACCCUCCAGUACCUAUGGGAAAAGGAGCACCAAGUGCUAGUGUUCUACCACAGUCCAGUGGCUGUUGAGGUAGCCUUUCUGUGGCCAGGCCAGAUGAUGCCAGCUCCCUGGGCAAACACAACAGAUACGGAAAAGUUGAUUCAGUUUCUGCAGGCAUCAAUCACUGAAAGAAGAAAGAAAGGCUCCUUUUUCAUCUCUCAAGUAGUGCUGACACCAAAGGCUAGUACGGUGGUGAAAGGGGUUGCAAGUGGUCUCAGAGAAACAAUCACAGAAAGGGCUCUUCCUGCAAUGAUGGAGUGGGUCCGAACUCAGAAAGCAGGAGAAAGUGGUGUGAAUAUUAUCACUGCAGAUUUUGUAGAACUUGGUGACUUUAUCAGCACAGUCAUAAAGCUCAACUAUGCUCUGGAUGAAUGUGAAGAUGACACUACUUGAUAAUACUGUGAUAUGUGUGUUGUUGCAUUAUUCAGAAUUUGAAAAAAAGAUUGUAUUCUAAAAGGAUUAUAUUGUAACACACUCAUUUUCUUGUAACACACUGAGGUGUUUAGGGCUUUAGUGGGUGGGCAUAAUGGAAAUGUUUUCAUCAUUUAUGAUCAUUUUUCAUAUUUGUGUUUCAUGUGAAGAGCAAAACUAAACAUGUUUACAGUGUUUGAUAAAAGAAGGCCAUUUACAGGUUCUCCAUGAGGUACCAAAUGUGAUUCAUGUGUCUUCUGUGGUUAUGAACAGUGCCAAGAAAUUUGUUGUUUUCAGAGCAAGGGGAUGUAUAUAUUGUCCUCUUCCUGCUCAGAGCAGGAUUCUUCGUGGUGUGAGCAUUGCAGCAGGAGACUGAGGACAGUAUAUCUGGCAUGAAAAUUUUAAGCUGCUACAUUUCAUCUGUUAGGUAGUUUAACUGAUCACAUUUAUCAAUGAGCUGCAGGUUUAAAUGCCUUUGUGAUGUAAAUCCAAAGUCAUGCUUCUAACACAUGCAUAAUCAGUGGACAGUAAACAUGAUGUACUGUGUAGCUUGCACAAAGCACAGACUAAAUCCUGCUUGUUUUUCAUUCUCAAAAUGGGGUUCUCCAAUGUCUCUGCCUCAGGUCAAGUCAGCAGAUAUGUGAUACUGGCCGAACUCUAACUGUAAUCACAGAAUGGCCUGGGUUGGACCCUUAAAGAUCAUCUAGUUCCAACCGCCUGGCUA